ACAACUUGUUGACAUAGCUAUAUUUUUACACAUUUUGGUAAUUGCGUUGUGAAAUAAAUAAUUUCAAGUAAACUGAUGAUAAAGUUGUCGGUUUAAGGAAGGAAGGAAAGAAACUACUAUUAUAAAUAAUAAACAUUGAUAAUAUAUACUAUUAUAUCAUAAUUUACGAGACAGUGUGCAGAGAACACAUUGAGAUGGUGUGUGCUACCCGUAGGUAGGAAUCACGAAGUCUUUAGUUGUUGUAAUUCUAUACAGGAGAUAACACAUCUCGUUUAAUUCAUCAAAAUGUCAAUGAAAGUGAAAUAUACUCCAGCUUUGCCACUGGAGAUAAACGACCAUGAAGAGAAAUCCUCGCUACGGGUACCAAGCCCGUUUAUCCUGUUGUUGCUGGGCUUCUAUAUCGGGCUGGCGUUCUUCGCACAGUACAUGGAGGACAGAAUGCCGGCUGUCGUGAAGAAGUAUGAUGUAUCUAGAUUGGAAUCCGACAUAUUCAGCGAGGAGAAAGCCAACGAAUACCUUCACCAGAUAAUCGGCGACCAGCCGCGAGUAGCAGGCACGGUGGACCACUUCGUCAAGACCAGGGACGUCAAGACCAUGGUGGACACCAUCGCCACAGACUCCAAUACCCCCGUGCAUACUGACUGGCAGUAUGCUAAUGGUGACUACUGGCUAGCGUUCAGUUCACCCCACGUGAACUGUUACCAGAAUCUAUCGAAUAUUAUCGCGGUGUUAGAGGGAGAGAGCGGAUUCCGUGCAGAUGGCAGCACUGGAACGUCCAUACUGGUUAACUGUCACAUCGACUCUGUACCUUAUGCUAUAGGCGCAUCAGACAACGGUUUGUUCUGCGGCGCCAUGGCGGAGAUCUUGUAUAAGUUUUCCCGGAGGAAGAAGAAGUUUAAACAUAACAUCAUAUUCUUGUUUAACGGCUCUGAAGAGACGCCCCUGCAGGCGAGUCACGCGUUUCUAUCUCACCCGUGGGCGGAGGGCGUGGUCAGCGUGGUCAACCUCGACUCCGCCGGCAUGAAUGGCCUUCCUAAUGUUUUUCAGGUAACAGACCCGCGCAUUCUCCGCUCGUACGUCCGCAGCAGCGCGCGGCCGUCGGCGCAGUCGCUGGGCGAGGCGAUGUUCCGCGCCGGCGUCAUACCCUCCGACACCGACUUCCGGAUAUUCCGGGACUUCGGCAAUAUGCAAGGUUUGGACAUGGCGUUCGUGAAAUGGGGCAACGUGUACCACACGCGCAACGACGAGCCCUCACUCAUAUUGCCGGGGGUGAUGCAGAACGCGGGAAACACGCUGCUCGGUCUACUCAGGGAACUGGCUGAUCAGGAAGAGUUGGCUGACAAGCUGGAGUCGCCAACACCGAUGGUAUACUACGACUAUCUGACGCUGUUCAUGUUGUCGUACUCGCUGGGCGCGGCGCACGCGGUCGACGCGCUAGUGGCGGUGCUCGGAACUGCCAGCGUGCUGUAUUAUCUGUGGAUUGUUGGUUUACGUCGUUCGUCAAUAAACGAGCUUCUACUGUCAGUGAUCAGUCGAGUGGCGAGCGCGCUCGCGGGCUGCGCCGCCGUCGCACUCUGUACACUCAUAAUGGUCAACACCACCACACAACUUAGAUAUCUGUCUCGUCCGUGGCUGGUGGCGCCGCUGUACUGGAUGCCGUUUGUCAUAGCAGCAGUCGCCGCUUCGCACGCUUUUGACGCUUGGAGGACUAGAAAGUGUGGUCUAAACCGCCUCAAGCGAGUAGCCCAGGCGAUGGCGGCGACCCGUCUACUGAUUACACUGGCCCUGGUCGUUCUACUGGUCUUCCCGUCUACCGCACCUGUCCGGUACAUCCUGUCUGUGCCGCUGACUGUCAUGUCACUUGGGGCGCUCAUAUCCCUGUCAGUGCUGCGCUGGUUUAGACCUGCAGCAUGGCAGCAUCUACUCCUCGAAGCCGUGAUAAGUGUGCCGUCAGUGCUGCUGCUGCUGUCGCAGGCGGUGCGGCUGAGCGCGCUGCUGCUGCCGGUGGCGGGCCGCUCCGGCGCCGCCUGCCCCGACUGCACCAUCGCCGUCGUCAGCGCCGCCCUCGCGCUGCUCGCCCUCGCUGUGCCGUGUGGUAUCGAGCUGGUGUUCUCGCGUCGCUACCUGUGGGUGGUGCUGGGGGCGGCGUCAGCCGCGUGCGUCGCGCUCAUGUUCGUGCCCUUCGACCCGUACGCGCCCGGCGGCUACGCGACACAGAGACAUUAUUGGUUUCACACAAAAAUAACGUCUUUCGACGAGGAUAUGAAAGUUAUCGAUAGUCGUUCAGGCAUCCUAGUGACUAAGGUCGACGCUUUGGGCGUGCACGCAGCGGGCGACGCCAUACAAACGUACAACCGCUCGCUGCAUAUAAGUCGCGUUACUGCGGAAGACUGCGAGAAAGCUGUAUACUGUGACGUGCCGCUGUAUAGACCGAGAUUCGAUAUCUAUUUGUCUGACAGCAUAUUCGUGGACUUCCCUCCGCCCGAAGAGUUUCAACACGAGUUGCGGGAGGAAGGCCGCCUUUGUGACGCCAACACCUGUACCAUACACUACGUACUCAACGGGCCAGCGCACAACACGAUCACGAUAACGCCGCGUGCUGGUGUGAACCUUACAUCGUGGACGUUCAAUUCGCCGCUGCGGGCGACGCGCACGCACCGCGACCGCCCCGUGUACGUGAUCGUGCACGCCAUAGGCACCGUCAGUGAAUUCCUACCGACGCUCGAGUUCCAGCUCACUUUUGAUGUGUCGCUACCACGCAAGUCGGUCAUAGCGGAGAUAUCGCACCACGCGCACAAGAUCUUCAGCCCCGAGGAGUUCACGCCGCAGUACCAACGGCUCUUAGACGCGAUGCCGCAAUACUUCAACAUCGCUUCCUUUAUCACCUUCAAGAAUAAUUACCUUGUCUCAUCCAGUUAAAGAUGAGCUUAAUGUAAGAGACAAGUUUGAGCUUUAACUGUUCAAGAGCACGCCAAGCUUAAGGGCCAACGCUAAAAUACGGGCGGACGCGGGCGCGGGCGCACGCGUCGAAAGACCGCCGCGGGCCACGAAUUUGCGAGCGGACACCCGUCGCGUGCGCCCAUCUCAUUUAGCGCUGCUAGUGUAAUUUUUAUCUCGAGCAUGUACAGUUGCGUCGAGUAGAUUACCAUGGAUUAUUUACUAAUUUAUUAUUUGGCAAAAAUACUUCAACGGAAACAACGUCGACUGCGAAAAGCGUACGCCCGCGCCGUGUGCCCGCCGUACCCGCCGCGCGUGUGACAGUCCGUCGCCAGUCGCACACGCCUGCGCUGCCCAUACUAUUUUUCAUUAUACACACGCGAGCGUGCGCCCGCGCGAGUUUUAGCGUUGGCCCUAAAUAGGAAUCGCAUGAGCUGACGUGCAUCCAAAAGCAAUCUCGGAUAGUCUGUGGUGUAAAUAAGAAUAUU